AUCUCAGAAGAGGGAUGGGAAAUGGGACCAACACCUCCUGCAGCAUAAAUUCCAGCUUUUCGUGGACGACACGAUCCGAUUGUGCCGCUCACUUCUCGCACUCUCUUUCUCUUUCUCUCUCUCUCUCUCUGCGCUAAUGGAGAUGGGUGAGCAGUACGGACUGCCGGAUCUACGACAGUUGAUGGGUAGAAGAACCCUUUUCCCGGCCGUCCCCCAAGCUGCUGCAGAGCAACUCCACAGCAACAGGGAUCUGACAACAGGCCAGCAUUAUGAGAUGAUGAUGGGAGUGGGGGUGGGUCGCACCCAAGUAGGCGAGGCGGCGAUGUUGCCUCUUGCUGUGCCCGUGGUGGAUUUUCACCAUCAUCCUGAUCAUCAUUCAACCUCUCCUUCUGCAGCUGCUUCUGCUUCAGCUUCAGCUAUAUCAUGUGGGCUAGAAAAAGAAGCUUGCAUUGGGGGUGGUGACGGAGGAAAUGGAAGGUGGCCCAGGCAAGAAACCCUCACACUUUUAGAGAUCAGAUCUCGUCUUGAUCCCAAGUUCAAGGAGGCUAAUCAGAAAGGACCCUUAUGGGAUGAAGUCUCAAGGAUAAUGGGAGAGGAACAUGGGUACCAAAGGAGUGGAAAGAAAUGUAGGGAGAAGUUCGAGAACUUGUACAAGUACUACAAGAAGACCAAGGAGAGUAAAGCUGGGAGGCAAGAUGGUAAGCACUACAGGUUCUUUCGUCAACUUGAAGCUCUCUAUGGAGGAGGAGAUAGAGAAACAACAACCACCACUCCUCCUCCUCCUCCUCCUCCUCCUCCACUGUCAGCCUCACAGACCCACCAAACCCACUUCACCGAGGAGCAGCAUAGCUUUCAAUUUCAACCCACAACCAAUGACAGCAACCCACAAUUACCGAAUCAACUAGUACAAAGAGCCUCCCAAUCACAGCAGAAGCACUGUGAGAGCAGCCUCAGCCUUUCUAAUUCUUCUGAUUUUGACACUUCAUCGUCGGAAGAAAACGACCUGAGUCAUAAGAAGGGUCGGCGCAAGAGUUGGAAAGCGAAGAUAAGAGAUUUCGUGGACUCACAGAUGAGGAAGCUAGUGGUUACACAAGAGGCCUGGUUGGAAAAGAUGUUGAAGACUCUUGAAAGCAAAGAACAAGAGAGGAUGUCUAGAGAGGAAGCAUGGAGGAAGGAAGAGACUACCCGUUUAGCCAGAGAAUACAAAUUUUGGGCUCACGAGCGAGCUUGGGUUGAAGCUCGAGACGCUGCCUUAAUGGAAGCCUUGCACAAAUUUACUGGUCGAAGAGAACCCAAUGCUGCUUCAUCGCCUCCUGAGGAACUUGUGGCGACGACCCACGACAAUAGCGAAAACCAGAAUGAAAAUGGAAGCGAGGCACUGAAUGAUUGCACCAUAAACAACAACAAGAACGUCAAGAGACGCAAAGAGAAUUCAAGAACCAGGGCUGCUUCCUUCCAUAAUCAUCUUCAUCUACCUAGUGAAGCUCCUUCUCCUUCUAACUCUAAUGCACGUACUGCAGUGCAUGAUAGCUGCUUUCGGUAUAUGAUGGCUGAGGAGGAGCCCUUGUGGGAGAAUUAUGAUGUCAAGCUCAAUAAAGGAUCAGAGAACUCCUAACUUUACUGCAAGAAAUAGGAACCUCCGGUCUGUUCCUGCGAAGGACUCUGAGGAGGUUCAUGGUGGAACCCUGACUUCGAGGACCAAGUCAUCGUAGACAUUUCAACAGAAAAGCACUGGUGGUGGUGGACCGGUGGUCGAUCCAGACCCGGUGUCAAUAGUUUGUCUGUCUCUCCCUCUCUCUGAGAGGGUGGAAGGGAGACAAAGACAGAGAGCUCCAUACGUCUUCAACAAUUGAUUUGACCCCUCAAUUCGUACUGAAUCAACAUAUGGUCUAGAAUCUACAUUUGACAGAUCGUCCCCGACUCACUUGCUCAGGCCUCCCUCAUUUCUCGAACUGGAAAGUUUGAGUCUCUGAAUCAAAAGCUUCUUCAGCUUUUCUCUUCUGUCUUUUCUGUUUUCUUUUUGACGGUUUCCUUUUGAAAGUUUAAUUAAAGAUCUUGACUCCUGAGCUGCUGAGCGAAGAUUUCUUAUUGAAUCCGUUUAUAAGUUUAACUGGUUCCUUUAGAUCA